CUGAAAUCAGGAAUCAAAGGAUAUAACUUGUUGAAUAAAAAGUGAUUAUUUUCGGACUUAUUUAUAAUCUCAGAAGAAACAAUGGAAAUCCAAGAAUUUAUUGUCCUCUAUACUCAUCAAAAGAUGAAGAAGUCAAAGGUGUGGCAAGAUGGCGUUCUGAAGAUCCCUCACUUAGGCAACAAGGCAAUUUUAUAUGAUGACAAAGGAGCAUGUUUGGAAAGUCUGUUUCUUAAGGGCCUUGAGGUGAAGCCUGGAGAUGACUUGGAAAGUGAGCGAUACUUAAUCACAGUUGAGGAGGCUAAGGCUGCUGGAAGCAGAGCUGUUAAACCUGGUGGCCCUGCGGAAGCACUGGAGUCAGGCCCGAGGAUAGUUACAUCCUCCAGCCGGUCUCUUGGGUGUCAGCCCUCUGGCUUAAAAAGGAAGGCAACUGGUUUUCAAAGACCAUAUAAGGUACCAAAGACAGUGACUGUUACAGAACAUGGUGAAUUGGCUGCCUCACUUGGUGAUAUGAAGCCUGGCUCGACAUUUCCUCCCUCAUUCUCUAGCACACUUCCUUUGUUUUCUACUGUUGGUCAGAAAGAUAUAAAUCAUACAUCAGCAGGCAGUGAGAAUAUUGCCACUUUCAGGAACAGAGAGAGAAACAACAGGCCUUUUUCGCUUGUCUCUUCAUCCUUGAGGAUUAACUCAGACACUCUAGGUAAAGAGGACAAUUUUUGCUUUCCUGUCAGUUCUGAAGCCCAACAUUUAAACUCUUUAUUGGCCAAAGAGCCCAUGAGAAGAAAUAGUUCCGACUCUCACUGCCCUGGAGUUUCACAAAACCUCAGAAGCAAAGCACAGAUAUUAGCGCUUCUGAAAUCCAGCUCAAGUAACAAGAGUAGUGAUCUGCAUUGUGAGAUUACAGGACGUUUUCCUAACGGAUGGCCACAGGUAUGUUUAGAGGGUACUUCCCAGCCGAAGGAAAAAUAUGCUGAGACACAGAGCACAGGGAGUUUAGGCUGUGAGCUACAGUCAGAAAAUCCCACAAGGACUACAAGCCGGUGGACCAUGUAUUUAUCCUCACAGAGAUCGCCUCCUUGUUCUGCUAGAGAUGAGAAUGAUACAGAGGACAAACCAGAAGCCCAAAAAGAUGUGAACAUUUUUAAUUUUUCUGAACUUUUGGUACCAAAAAAGUCAGAGCUCUUUGAAACAUGUACUGAUAACAUAGAAUUGUACAGUGAAAACAAACCAGUAGAUAAUAAUUGCCAGUACAAGAAUCAGGAAGAAAACCCAGCACCUUCGUUCUAUGAGAAAAGCAGCUUACUGGUCAGCUGUAACAGUAAAGAAAAUGUCGAUUUAUUACCAGAAUGUGACAUUCAGAACAGUAGCAAAGUAUCGUUUAAUCAGAAUGACCAGAUGUGUAUGGAGGGGUCGCCUUGCACUGGAGAAAGUCUCGAGGGGGCAAAUGCAGCGCUGGAAGCAGAGUACAGACCAGUGUCACCAUCGCCAGAAAUGGAACAAAAACAAAGUGAAACUGAGUGUUCUGUAAGUAACAAUUCUAAAGUUUCAGAUGACAUUGUCGACAUGGCUGCUGAAAGUUAUGCUGAUAGAGUAAGUAUGAAUACUCUUCAUAAUCCUCUGCAACCAUUUCUGGAAGUUUCUUUUAAUCUGAGCAACUUUGAGACCAGUGACACUGAUGAGGCAUCGCAAGAAGAUAGCAAAGUUUCCCAGGACUCAGAGAGUUGGGAAAAGGAGAUUUUGCUUACAGAUGAUCUGUGUGUUCAGAAGAGCUGUGGGGAUAUAGGCUGCCAAGAAAUCACACAGAAACGCUUGUUACUUCCACCGUCUGCCAGUGACGAGCCUAAAGAGAUGCUUCCUGCUAACAAGACUCUGUUGUCAGAAUUUUGUGAUAGAACGUGUGUGGGUUUUUAUGCAGGACUGUAUGAAGAUGCAGACACUGGAAAAACGAUAGAGGAGCAGUGUGGUGACACAGGGAGCAGUUUGGACUCAUCACUGGAGUGGAAUGAGGAUGCACCAGGACACAGCAAAGAAGAUGCUAAUAAAUCUAUUCAAAGGAAUGGCAUUAAUGAUGGUAUUGUUUCACCUUCAAAUAACUCCAGAGGUACAGAUACAAGCUUACAUAUUCCUUAUCCUUUAAACACAGUCACUAAUCCGGCUCCUGAAAACAGUGACCUAUUCUCAGAAGCCAGGAACUCACCUGCCAUAGUUUCACAUGCUCUGCUAGAGUGUCCACAUGAGCAUCGGCCUUCUCAGCAGCCUGUUGAGUUUCAAGGACAUCAGGUGAAAGGAUCGGCUACUAGUGGUGUAAUGGUCAGAGGACACAGCUUACAGCUAGGAUGCAGUCAGUUUCCAGAUAGCAUUGAAUGUGAAAACUUCAUGACCAAUUCUGGUGUUUGGACAGCAGAGUUGCCUAGCACUUGUGUGCAGACUGACUUCUUGCAGGUGAUUUCACCAGAACAAAAGAUCCCUGCACUGAGCCCUGCACCUACUUUUUCUUUCGACACAAGAAAUGAAGACUUUGUGCUUGAGUUCUCUGAGGAGUCUCUGAAAACAAGAACUUUCUGUGGAUUGAAAAACGUUGGUUUUCUAGAGAGUCAGAACCUGCAAAGGUCUCCAUUUGUAGGUGGAACCUCGGUUCCCUUUGUCGAUGCUGGACCGGCGAUCUCAGGUUCCUGUUCAUUCAGGAUUGAUGACGAUGCCCGAGAGUCUUCUGGCGUUCCCAUGUUGAGCCUGUGUGAAGAAUCAGGUCUUUCAUUUGACCUUGGACCUGAGGAUCAGGGUGGGACUUCUUUCUGUGAAGAGUGGGGACAAAGGACUCCAGGAGAUGUUUCUUUGCUUCAUGAGAGUUCUAUUCAAAGCAAGUGGCUGAAAUAUCAAAAUCCAUCCCAGAGCAACUCAGCUGCUCUGAACAGAACUGGCAGUCAAGUGACAGAGGGCCUCUUUGCUGAGCCUGUCUCUGGGUUGCAUUUUAGCCACGCAAGGGAGAGGCAGAGUAAUGCUGUGAAUGAAAGUUCUGUAGACCCUGUGCACCUGCAGAUGAUGAAGGGCAUGCUCUGUCAGCAACAGCAAGAUGUUAGCAGUCAAGAUUGGGUUUCCAGAGAGAAAGCUCUUUCUCUGCAUGUAGAGUAUUCUUCCCAGAUGGAGGACAUUCAGACUGUGUUGGGAAGUUCUGCCAGCUUCAACUGCAGAGUCAGAGAUCCACGGGACAUAAAUGGUUCUGAGCUAUGCUUCCCAAGUGGGCAGAAAAUAAUAUCAGCUUAUCUUCCUCAAAGGCAAGUUCACAUACCAGCUGUUUUUCAGUCUCCUACUCACUAUAAGCAGAUCUUUACAGCUUCCAUCAUAGAGCAUCUGAAUAUAUUGCUGUUUGAGUUGGCACAAAGGCUGUAUAAAGCGCUUUCCAAAGUUGACAUUUCCUUUUAUACAUCAUCAAAAGGAGAGAGUCUGAACAGUGGAAAAAAUAAUUUGCCAUCCUGCCAUCAUAAUCAACCUGCCAAACUUGUCAUGGUUAAAAAAGAAGGCCCAAAUAAGGGUCGUCUGUUUUAUACAUGUGAUAGGCCAAAAGGUAACCAAUGUAAAUUUUUCAAAUGGUUUGAGGAAGUGACUCUAGGACAGUUACCACAGGAUGAAUCUCAGCCCAACAUGGUUUUUAAUGAUGUUAAGAGUAUUGGCUCGUAUUUAAGAAGUCAAAAGGUACCAGUCUAUGAGGAAUGCCAGCUUUUGUUGAGGAAAGGAUUUGAUUUUCAGAGAAAACAGUACGGUAAACUAAAGAAGUUUGCAACUAUAAAUCCUGAAUUUUACAGUGAAACAAAAAGUAAGAUUUACCUUAAGCUGAGUCGGAAAGAGAGCUCUUCAGUUUAUAGUAAAGAUGAUCUUUGGGUUAUUUCAAAAACCCUGGACUUCAAACUAGAUACUUUCAUCGCCUGCAGUGCCUUCUUUGGGCCAUCUUCUGUCAAUGAAGUGGAGCUGCUGCCUUUGAAAGGCUAUUUCCCUUCUAAUUGGCCUACUAACAUAACAGUCCAUGCAUUAUUGGUUUGUAAUGCCAGCACAGAGCUGACAACUCUGAAAAACAUUCAGGACUACGUUAACCCAGCUACUCUUCCACUAAUGCCAUACCUGUUAGCAAUGUCUCAGUCAGCUACAGUUAGCAGUAAAAACGUCAGUAAAAGAAAAUUUAUCCCACCAGCUGUUGCAAACAUUAAAACAAAAUGUGAACUCCUCGACUUAGGAGCGACUUUGCAGUUAGCUAGCGAGUUGAUUAACAUACAUAGUUUGAACAAGGAUCAAGCUACAGCAUUAAUUCAGAUAGCUCAAAUGAUAGUAUCCCAAGAAGGUGACGAAGAUGCACUGGAGCCCUUAAAGCAUUCUCUGCCCAUCACAAUUAUUCAUGGUGUAUUUGGAGCAGGUAAAAGCUAUUUGCUGGCUGUGGUGAUUCUGUUCUUUGUCCAACUGUUUGAAAAGUGCGAUGCUGAAACAGUUGGAAAUGCAAGGCCAUGGAAAAUUCUCAUUUCUUCUUCCACUAAUGUAGCUGUUGACAGAGUACUUCUUGGGCUUCUUAGUCUUGGAUUUGAAAAGUUCGUCAGAGUUGGGAGCGUUAGGAAGAUUGCCAAGCCAAUUUUACCCUACAGCUUGCAUGCUGGCUCAGAAAAUGAAAGUGAACAAUUGAAAGAACUCCAUGCAUUGAUGAGGGAAGAACUGACUCCUAUAGAAAGGGUUUAUGUGAGAAAAAGUAUUGAGCAGCAUAAACUGGGGACCAACAGAAUCCUUCUAAAACAGGUUCGAGUCGUUGGCAUUACCUGUGCAGCCUGCCCAUUCCCAUGUAUGAAUGGCCUUAAAUUCCCUGUGGUUGUAUUGGAUGAGAGCAGCCAAAUGACAGAACCAGCCUCACUCCUUCCUAUUGCAAGGUUUGAGUGUGAAAAGCUAAUUCUUGUUGGAGACCCCAAACAAUUGCCUCCUACAAUUCAGGGUUCUGAUGCAGCUCAUGAAAAUGGAUUGGAACAAACUCUCUUUAAUCGACUUUGCUUAAUGGGUCACAAACCCAUUUUGUUGAGAACCCAAUACCGUUGUCACCCUGUGAUCAGUGCCAUAGCUAAUGAUCUGUUUUAUGAAGGGAGCCUGGUGAAUGGUGUUUCAGAGAAAGAGAGAAGCCCUGUCCUGGAGUGGCUGCCCACGCUGUGUUUCUAUAAUGUUGCAGGAGCAGAGCAGGUUCAAAGCGAGAACAGCUUUCAGAAUGUGGCAGAAGCAGCUUUUACACUCAAGCUAAUCCAAUCACUGAUCGCAAGUGGAGUAGCGGGCUCCAUGAUUGGGGUGAUAACAUUAUACAAAUCGCAGAUGUACAAGAUUUUCCAUUUACUCAGUGCUGUGGAUGUCGGCCUUCCUGAUGUUAAAGCUGUACAGGUGUCCACAGUGGAUGCCUUUCAGGGCGCUGAAAAGGAAAUCAUUAUUCUGUCUUGCGUGCGGACAAGACAAGUAGGAUUCAUUGAUUCAGAAAAACGAAUGAAUGUUGCGCUGACCAGAGGAAGGAGACAUUUGCUGAUUGUGGGAAGUCUAUCCUGUUUGAGGAAAAAUAGACUGUGGGGACGUGUGAUUCAGCACUGUGAAGGAAGGGAAGACGGAUUGCAACAUGCGAGCCAGUGUGAGCCACAGCUGGACCAUCUUCUUAAAGAUUAUUUUGAAAAACAAGCAGAAGAAAAACAGAAGAAAAAGGAGAAAGAGAAAUCUAAGGAUAAAUCUCAUUAACAAAAACAACAACAAAAAGCAUGGCCAGGGGUGUUGACAUUGCUGUAAAAUUGGAACCUUUCUAUAUAAUAGGCAAGAAGACAUUCGGAAAAUAAUCAGUAUGCAUAUAAACUGCAUGACUGUCCCAAAAGCUUGUGUGUGGAAGCACAGCUCCAGUCAGGCCCUUAGCACACUCUCGGAGCUGGAGCACUGGGGCGGAAAUCCAUGUGCUGCCGCCCCCAUUUUAAAACUAAAGACAUUCAUAGUAACGACUUAAAUAAAUACAGAGGAGGCAGGGGAGCAAUAUGCCUCGCACACUAGGUGAUCCGUAAGCGCCCAGGUGAACUGACAGGGACUAGUGACAUUCCAUUUUCUUUAGGUCUCCUCCCUGAGCGGUACUUACAAGCAUAUAUGUAGAGUAAGUGGAUAAAACCCUUUUUAUUAUAAAACUAACAUGUUCUUAUAGAAAAAUGUAUAAAAUACAGAAACUAUAUAAAGGAAAACAAAUUACUUAG